AUGGCAACAUUUACUCUACAUCCAAAUAUCAUCCAGGCUAUGACGGAUCAAUGGUCAGAUAGCAAUAUUGGUGUUCCUGUUCCGUUACCAAUCCAUCCAAAUCCAUCAUUUUACAUUCCGUCUGAAGAUAUUCUAACAUUGGAAUGGCCACAAACCGAAUAUUACUCAUCAGCAACAACAUCCACACCCUCAUUUUUAAAAUCCCCCACUUCAUCAAUUACUUCAUCAACUGCUUCCUCCUCAUUUGAUGACGGCUAUCUAACAAGAAUCGAUCCACCACCAAACACUCCAAUUGUUUCUACUGCUAGCAUGAGCACUAAUAACGACAGUGAUAAAGAAGCGGAGAAUAAUUCUUCCAUCUUGUCAUCACAUCUAAUCACGUCAUCAAUUGCUGUUAAACAACCUGAUGAUUUAACAAGGAAAUUGUUGUCAACAGAAAAAAUUCCUUAUAGUUUUGAUCUGAUGGGAGUUGGUAACAAUUCAACAAUAACAACGCCAAGUAUUUCAGUAAAUAAUAAAAAACAAAAAUGGCAAAAGAAAAAAAUGCCAAGUAUUUCAGUAAAUAAAAAAAAUCAAAAAUGGCAAAAACAAAAAUGGCAAAAGAAAAAAAUGCCAAAUCUAAAAGAAAUAUCCAGUUCUUUAGGAGGCCCUAUUCACAAUUUAAUUACUGCAAUUACUAUUUUUAAAAACAACCCUCAAAUGAAUGUUGCUGAAUUAGCUCGUAAAUGUAAUACAUUAACUAUAUCCAAAUUAAUGAAUGAAACAAAUUCAAACAAUUAUAAAGAGGAAAUCACUAAAAGAUUUCUUGAGGAUGGUUAUGAUGAUAUAGAGGAAUCUUUGAAACCUUGGAUUCUUGACUUGUAA